AGUACAAAAUCUGCUUCUACCUUGCUUCGUGCUCUUGCUUCUACCAAACUCAUUCUUUGUCUCCUUCUCUCUCUCUCUCUCUUUCCGUUUUUCUCCCACUAUCUUUCAUUUCCAAAGCACCUUAAUCAUUCCACCAAGUGAAUGAAUAAAUGAGUGUGAGAGAAGAGUGAAACAAAACAACCGCACCUUUGAAGUAGUAAUUCACAUCACUCAAAACCAAUAACCUCUUGUUCUUUGCGUUUCAAGCUACUGUACUAGUAUAUCAAAAAACGACAACUACCCCCAUUAAACCGACGCUCAUUUCUCGGGAUUCCUCCCCGUUUUUUUUUAUAUUUCCCUUUUCCGUCUCUUUCAGUUACUACUACUCAAUCAAACAACUAGUGUUCAUUUACUGUCAACAACAUUAAUAGUUGAAGAUUGAAGUUCAUUCAGAGAAUGUCCAGGCCUUUACAUCGAGGUGUGUCUGCUAUUCGUGUACCUGAUCACAGCAUCAAUGAAUCAUGGGAUUCACAAUCCAAAGACAAAACAGAAAAGGACGAUUUUGAUAAAAGGGGUGUUUCAGAUCACACCCCUUUAGCACUGAGGUCGCCUUUAAGGUUCUUCUUUUCAGACAAAGAGAGUAAUUUUGUAUCUGAUCCAUUCAUUGUUGGCACCCCAAGAAGCCGUUUUAAGUUGAUGUUACUUUCAUUGAAGUUCAGUUUAGUGUUCAUAGUUGUUCUUGCUCUUGUUGGAUCUUUUUAUUGGACUUUAACUUUGUCAACUUCAUCAAGAGUUCGUGUUUACCAUGGUUAUAGGAGACUCCAAGAGAAACUUGUUUCUGAUUUGUUGGAUAUUGGUGAGUUUUCUCUUGGUGCCCCUAAAGGGAAAGAAUUGGAAUCGUGUUCACCUGAGUUGGAAAACUUUGUUCCUUGCUUUAAUGUUUCUGACAAUUUGGAUUUGGUAGAUUCUGAUGGAAAUGGAUUUGAAAGGAAAUGUGAAUAUGAGAAGAAGCUCAAUUGUUUGGUUCUGCCACCUGUGAAUUACAAAGUUCCUCUUAGGUGGCCUACUGGAAAAGAUGUUAUUUGGGUUGCUAAUGUGAAAAUUACUGCACAAGAGGUUCUUUCUUCUGGAAGCUUGACAAAGAGGAUGAUGAUGUUGGAUGAAGAGCAAAUUUCCUUUCGUUCAGCCUCUCAUAUGUUUGAUGGAGUUGAAGAUUACUCACAUCAGAUUGCUGAAAUGAUUGGACUUAGAAAUGAAUCUUCCUUCAUACAAGCUGGGAUUCGAACCAUACUAGACAUAGGUUGUGGCUAUGGUAGCUUUGGAGCACACCUCUUUCAAAGUCAGCUUUUGACUUUGUGCAUUGCAAACUAUGAGCCUUCUGGUAGUCAAGUUCAGCUUACUCUCGAGCGAGGUCUUCCUGCUAUGCUUGCUUCUUUCACUUCAAAACAGUUGCCGUAUCCGUCGCUGUCUUUUGAUAUGUUACAUUGUGCAAGAUGUGGCAUUGAUUGGGAUCAGAAAGAUGGCAUUCUAUUGAUUGAAGCUGAUAGACUUUUAAGACCGGGUGGAUACUUUGUCUGGACAUCGCCACUUACAAAUGCUCGUAACAAGGAGAAUCAGAAAAGGUGGAAGUUUGUGCACGACUUUACAGAAAAUCUCUGCUGGGAGAUGUUAUCACAGCAAGAUGAAACUGUUGUAUGGAAGAAAGCAAGUAAAAAGAGUUGCUAUACUUCAAGAAAGCCUGGUUCUCGCGCUUUGUGUGGUAAAGGUAUUGAUGUGGAGUCUCCAUAUUAUCGUGAAUUGCAAACUUGCAUAGGAGGAACACAGAGCAGACGUUGGGUUUCUAUUGAAAAAAGGGGAAAAUGGCCUUCUCGGGCUAAUUUGAACAAGAAUGAGUUAGCCGGAUACGGAUUGCAGUCUGAUGAAUUUGCGGAAGACACUGACAGCUGGAAAUUAGCAGUCCAAAAUUAUUGGUCACUCCUGUCGCCUCUAAUAUUUUCUGAUCAUCCAAAGAGACCUGGUGACGAGGACCCUUCGCCACCUUACAACAUGUUCAGAAAUGUGCUAGACAUGAAUGCUAAUUUUGGUGGCUUUAAUUCUGCAUUGUUGCAAGCUAGAAAGUCUGUGUGGGUAAUGAAUGUGGUACCAAUAAGUGGACUCAACUAUCUUCCCUUGAUCCAGGACAGAGGUUUUGUCGGCGUUUUGCAUGAUUGGUGCGAGGCCUUUCCGACAUACCCAAGAACCUAUGACUUGGUGCAUGCUGCAGGACUUCUAUCCCUUGAAUUUUCCCAGCGGCGCAGGUGCACCACGCUUGAUCUGUUUGUUGAAAUCGACAGGUUACUCCGCCCAGAGGGUUGGAUUAUAUUUCGCGACACAAAUCUUUUAAUAGAAUCAGCUAGAGCUCUAACAACACAGCUGAAGUGGGAUGCAAGAGUGAUAGAUAUCGAAAGUAACAGCGAGGAGAAACUCCUAAUAUGUCAGAAACCUUUCUUUAAGAGACAUACAAUCUAAUUAAUUGAAGCCUUGAAGAAAUUAUAGACCAUAAUAUACAUAUAUAUUCAUUUCCAUAAUUAUCUUAAAGUUCUACCAUACAAAGCGGGGAUUGAAAAUUUUGGACAGAAAGGAAGAAGAAAAAACAAUAGAGGAUGAAAUCUCUUAUGUAGCCGUAAGGUGUGCAUAGGGCCAUGUAAUUACAACACAAGAAGCAGAGCAAUUGAAAAAGAAUGUGGUAGAUUUAUUUUUUCAUGUAUUAGAGUUACAUAAACAAAAAUAUUUAUUAUUGGGAAUAAGAAGAUAAAAUAAGUUGUUGCUCUUUGUUGUGGUGUAUAAAAUGCUUAGUAGUUAACUCCCCUUUAUAUUAUAGAAUUGUUUCUGUGUUAUAAUUUUAUAGGUCAUUUGAUUUUAUGUCUCUUUGUAAGUUCAGCAAAACUGUAAUUGAUAGUUUGUCACAAUUUAUUUUUAAUAUGAAAUCCAAUCACAUUCUUCAUUAGU